AUGAAGAAGAAACAGAACAGACGCCGCGCGGGAGGCGGCCAGGCGUCUCCCGCAGCGCGAUCGGCCGUCGCUACAGAGGUACAAACGGCGACGGACUCCGAGGCGUUGUCGCUCCCGCCUUCGUUCUUCCUGCAGAGAGCGGAAGGAUGCGUCAACGCGUUCCCUCCGGACUUUUCCCUCGCUCGGAAGUUCCUCCGAAAGGGGGUGUCUGUACACCCCAACGACGUCUCGCUGCUGGUUCGGGCGGCCGAGAUGCUCUCCGAGGACGGCCAGCUGGACGAGGCGAAGCAACUGCUGCAACGGGCGAUUCAACUCGAGCCCGACCGCAAUCCAGAGAAGUUCUUCUACCUCGCGCAAAUCGAAGAGGGCCGGACGAGUCUAGAGCUUUUUCGACGCGCCGCAGGCCUCCUGGAGGCUUCCCUGCAGAACCUCGAAGCCUCGAUCGCCGCCGCACAAGUCCGCGAGAGUCAGGCAGGCAAUUCAGGACGGGGCGCGACUGCGGCGGCGGUGCGCUUGUUGAAGGAGGAGCGACGUCGCGUGACGCGUCAGCUGGUUGACGCCAAGUGCAGCGUCGGGGAGCUGUACAUGACGGAUUUGUGCGACGCGGAAGAGGCGGAGGAGGCGUGCCGAGCAGAAAGCGAAGGCGCGCUCGCUCUCGCAGAGGCGCAAGACGCGGGUCUCCCGGAUGCGUUGCAUCUCCGAGCUUCGUUCCUCAAAACCAUCGGCGACAUUGAGGGCGCACGCGCCGCUGCGUUGCGCGCCGCUCACCUGAUUCACGCUCAGCUGAAGAGACGUGAAGAAAACUUGCGCCUUGUGUCUCCGUCUUCUGAGGACGAAGACGACGUAAGCUGCCGCGAGUUGCGCGUCAACUUGGCGAGAGUCCUGAUCGACGUUCAAGAAGCUGAAGCCGCCGUUCUCCUCGUCUCCUCCUGCAUUGAAGAAGACGACCAAGACGCGGACUCCUGGCUGAUCCUCGCGUGUGGGCUUUUCAAGGCGAAGAAGUUCGCCGCCGCCAGGGACAGCUUGGAGCAUCUGCAGCAAGUGAGCUCCCUCGGUUUUUUCAAAGGCUCGACUAACAACGGAAAGAAGUGA